UGGUUGCAGGGUGCAGCAAGUGGGCGUGAGGGUGGCUACUACCCCAGGAGCAGCUGCCCUGUCUCUCAUCCCACUGGAGAGAUACAGGCUGUGGUUGUAUAACCGGGAACCAAUAACCGGAAAGAGGGUCCAGGACGGCCAAGGGCAAAGCGCUAUGGACAGCCACAGACACCUAGUGAAAGGUCGUCUGUGUGCCACAGGAAUGGAGGGAGCGUUGGCGGAUCACGUCAGGGCUGAGUCUUUCCAUAGGGUCACGCCUCUGCUGGAGAGCUGGGCACUGUCUCAAGUGGCAGGCAUUCCCGUCUUCCUCAAAUAUGAGAAUGUGCAGCCAGCUGGCUCCUUUAAGAUCCGAGGCAUCGGACAUUUCUGUCAGCAGAUGGCCAUGAAGGGAUGCAGACAUCUGGUGUGCUCCUCAGGGGGCAAUGCAGGAAUUGCAGCCGCUUACUCGGCUCGGAAGCUGGGCAUCCCUGUCACCAUUGUGCUCCCAGAGAACACUUCCACGCAGGUGGUGAGGCGGCUGGAGGGGGAGGGGGCCGAGGUCCAGCUGGCUGGGAAGGUCUGGGAUGAAGCCAACAUAAAGGCACAAGAAUUGGCCACAAGGGACGGCUGGGUGAAUGUCUCCCCGUUUGACCAUCCCCUGAUAUGGGAAGGCCAUGCCAGUCUAGUACGGGAGCUGAAGGAGUCGCUGGGGAGCCCACCGGGUGCCGUGGUGCUGGCCGUAGGGGGUGGAGGACUCCUCGCAGGUGUGACAGCUGGCCUGCUGGAGGUAGGCUGGCAACAUGUGCCCAUUGUUGCGAUGGAGACCCGAGGGGCACACAGCUUCAACGCGGCCUUGCAGGCAGGCAGGCUGGUCACGCUGCCAGACAUCACCAGUGUAGCCAGGAGCCUGGGAGCCAAGAGGGUGGCUGCGCGGACCUUGGAGUGUGCGAAGGAGUGUGAGAUCCUCUCUGAGGUGGUGGAAGACCGGGAGGCUGUGAAGGCAGUGCAGAGGUUCCUGGAUGAUGAGCGCAUCCUGGUGGAACCUGCCUGUGGGGCCGCCCUGGCUGCUAUAUACUCAGGCAUCCUGGGGAGGCUCCAGGCUGAGGGCCGCCUAGGCCCGGCCCUGGCUUCCAUUGUGGUCAUCGUGUGUGGUGGCAACAACAUCAGUAGCCAACAGCUCCAGGAGCUGAAAACCCAACUGGGCUGUAGCUGAGGGCUCCCAGGGACCCCAGAGAGGCUCCUGGACACCUUCAUGGCCACCCAAGGGAGUGUCCUACCCUCCUCCUACCCUCCUCCUCCAGGUAGCCCUCUUGGAUUGCUCCCAGGGGCUCCCUGCAGU